AGAUGAAGUACAAGAUAGCAUUUAAUCAUUAAAUUUGUUAUAUUUGAGUUGAUUCGUUAAAAUUACUAAAUUUCGAUUUUAAAGCAAUUUUAAAAUAACAUGGGUGAAGUAAUGAAAGAUUUGAAAGAUUUCGAUGGUUGUAUUUUACCGAAUGAGUUUUUCUUAACGAAAGAAAAAAUCGAACAUUUCGAAGUGAAAGAUGACGAUGUUUGGGUUACAUCUUAUCCAAAAGCUGGAACAACUUGGACUCAAGAAAUGGUUUGGUUAAUCGGAAAUGAUUUAGAUUACGAAGGUGCGAAAGUCAGCGUGGAUCAAAGAUUCCCAUUUAUUGAAGUUAACUCUUUAACUAAGGCAAUGAUGAAAUUUGGCAAAAAACGUAAUCCCGAAAAAUUUUCUAAAGAAUUUGUCGUAACGGAUAAUAUCAAAAAGUUGAAUGAAACCGAAGGAAAACGAUUCAUUAAAAGUCAUUUACCUUGGUAUCUUUUACCAAGACAAAUAACCGAUGGAUUAAAAAAACCAAAAAUAAUCCAUGUUAUGAGAGAUCCAAAACAAGUCUCCGUGUCUUAUUAUCAUCAUAAUAAUCUUGUUAUUCCGUUAUUCGAUGAAAAUUUAAGCAACUUCAUCGAUAUUUACGUACAAGGAAAAGUUUUAUACGGAGAUUAUUUUAACGUGGUUAAAAGUUAUUUAAAACAAAGUCAUCUACCAAAUCUUUUAAUCAUAACGUAUGAGGAUAUGAUUCGGGACAUUAAAAGCGUUAUUAAGAAAGUAUCGGAAUUUUUAAAUAAAAAUUUUACUGAUGAAGACAUCGAUAAACUGGCGGAACAUUUGAGUUUUAAUCAAAUGAAAAAUAAUCAGGCGGUUAAUAGAGAAU